AUGGCAAGGCCGACACAGCAGGACAUCAACGGAGAUGCUCUGCGCUUCCUCGUGAUGGGCGAUUGGGGUGGCAGCGGGGGCAGUGAACCUCAAGCCAAAAUCGCCGACCGGAUGGCCUCCGUUGCCGAUGAGAUCGGCAGCGUAUCGUUCGUCCUGGCCCUCGGCGACAACUUCUACCGUGUUGACGAUCCGCGGUUUAAGACCUCCUACGAGGACGUCUACACCCACUCGUCGCUCCAAGUGCCGUGGUAUCUCAUCGCAGGCAAUCGCGAUCACAAGGGCAAUGUUCAGGCUCAGAUCGAUUACACCAAGGUCUCCUCGCGGUGGCGCUUCCCAGCGCUCUACUACUCAACAGUGACCACGCUUCCGCGCAGCAACGUCACCGUCCAGUUCAUUUUCCUCGACACCAUGCUGUACCUCGGCCCCAACAACGAGCUGCAGGACAUGUGGCUGGAGGACACCCUCCAAAAGUCCACGGCCGACUGGCUCUUCGUGUGCGGCCACCACCCGGUGUACUCGGCCGGGCGCCACGGCCCUACGCCGCGGCUGGUCAACCAGCUUCGUCCACUCCUGGAGAAGUACAAGGUCGCCGCCUACUUCUGCGGCCACGACCACAACCUGCAGCACAUUCAGGAUGGCUCGAGUGUGGACUACUUUGUCAGCGGGUCUGGCUACGAGACUUGCGACGAACGCACCGAUUCUUUGCCGCAGAACGCGAGCAAGUUCUUCUGGCCACCCAAAGUGACUCCGUUUGGCGGCUUCAUGACCACUGAGAUUGUCGAUCAGCGCUCGAUGUCGGUCAACUUCUACGACAGCGAAGGGCAAGUGCUCUACAGCUGCCGAAAGACCAACCCCCGUUCCUCGCCCAGUCUUACACCGUCUCUUCGCGGCAGCAACUAA